AUGGGUAAUAAUUCUGGAACUCGAUUUGUUGCCGAAAAAGGUAAUGCAAGCGAGUUCUACUGGACAUGUCGAGGUGGCGACACAGAAAGGGUUGAAGAAAUGUUAAAAGGUAUGACAAGAGAAGAAAUAAGUAAAGUGGAACAGAAUGGAAGUACAGCUUUACAUGUUGCUUGCUACUAUGGACACACAAAAAUUAUUAAAAUGUUACUUGAACGUGGUUGUGAUAGAUCCGUGAUAAAUACAUACAGCCAAACAGCAUUUUCUGAAUCGUCUUGCGAAGAAGUACGCGAGUUGUUUGAACGCUCAGAUUCUGAUAAGCGCCGAUUUAUGGAUCCAGAUGUAAGAGACUCAUUUUCAAUCGUACACACAAACAAAACCUUGGAAAAAUCCGAUAUGCCGUACAAUUAUGUUAAUCGACAUAAAAAUGUGAAAGUUGCAAAAGAUGCUCAGUUAAUGACCGGUAUUUCUAAAUCGAUAUUUAAAAAAUUCGUCCAAGCACGAGUAGAAUUACCUUUGGUUGAUCAACUCGAAGAGAUAGUUAACAAAAGUGUAUUUUGUGAUGAUAGUGUCAGUACAAUUGAAUUAAUUAAGACUCGUGAACUUCUGAAUAAGUUCAAGGCAAAAGGUAAAAAGUCUGUUUGUGUUAAUGCUUUGUUGACGCUUUAUACUCUUGAAACAAAGUUUUAUGAGGUGUUACGUCACAAUGCAAUCGCGUUCACAUCCAUUAUAUAUAUGCAUCUUUCUGAGCUGGAAGAUCGUGCCUAUAAAGGAUACUCAUAUCGAGGAGUGGCAAUAUCGAGCGAAGAUUUGAAGGCCUAUAACUGGGUGCAUUCAGAUAAAAAAGAUAUACUUGAGACAUGCACAGUUCAAUCAACAUCGAAAAAUAUAGCUAGGGCAGAAAGUUUCGCAGAGAAGGCGAUGUGUUCGGAUAAACAUAAAACUAUAUUUCAAUUUAAUUUUCCUGAAAAAUGUGCAACAGCAAUUGAGUUAAGAGAAUUAUCAAAUUAUCCAGUAGAAGAGGAAGUAUUAGUUUUGCCAUUUACUUUAUUCGAAGUCGAUGCCGUUAAAAUAACAGAUGAAAGGCAUAUUGUCUAUUUGACAAAUGUGCCUGUACCAGACAAAUCUGCUUUUGCUAAUUGGAUAAAACUAUAG